AUAAUCAUCAUUAUGUAAAUGUAAAUGAAAAAAAAAAAUCAUCCUAACAUUUAAUAAUUAAACGAAGGACUAACCUUGAUUCGUAUUUUGUUUUGCUUAUCUCUUUCAGAUCAGCGACGACCAACUAGGAGACGACGACGUCAACAACAACCACAGCAACAACAACUCAAUGAACAACAAUUACAACUGCGCCAAGAAUUGCAAAACCUACAACAAAACUGUAUUGUAAUGCAGAAAAGUAAUUCGCCGAGAAAUAUCAAUAAUUAUCAGAUGUCACCGUUGAUGAAAGAUCUUGCAGCAUAUUGGUUGGUCAAACAGAAGAACGAUUAUCCUUAUCGUUGUUCACAAUGUGGAAAGGGUUAUCAACAUCGGGCAACAUUAUUAAGACAUACAAGACACGAAUGUGGCAAGGAACCACAAUUCAAGUGUCCUUAUUGCGUUCAUCGUACCAAACAACGUGGCAACCUUUACCAACAUAUUAGAACAAAUCAUCCAGGAAAAAAUGUUUUUACUAAUUUAACACUUUAAUUUCAUGACGAAAUAAUUUGUUCA